AUGAGGUCAAGAGUAUUGUCUGCCUUUACCCUGCUGCCUGCUACCUUGCUGCCCUGCUGCCUGCUACCCCGCUGCCUGCUACCCUGCUGCCCUGCUGCCUGCUACCCCGCUGCCUGCUACCCUGCUGCCCUGCUACCCUGCUACCCUGCUGCCUGCUACCCUGCUACCCUGCUGCCUGCUACCCUGCUGCCCUGCUGCCUGCUACCCCGCUGCCUGCUACCCUGCUGCCCUGCUGCCUGCUACCCCGCUGCCUGCUACCCUGCUGCCCUGCUGCCUGCUACCCCGCUGCCUGCUACCCUGCUGCCCUGCUGCCUGCUACCCCGCUGCCUGCUACCCUGCUGCCCCGCUGCCUGCUACCCUGCUGCCCUGCUGCCUGCUACCCUGCUACCCCGCUGCCUACUACCCUGUUGCCUGCUUGCCUGCUACCCUGCUACCCUGCUACCCUGCUACCCUGUUGCCUGCUUGCCUGCUACCCUGCUACCCCGCUGCCUACUACCCUGUUGCCUGCUUGCCUGCUACCCUGCUACCCCGCUGCCUACUACCCUGUUGCCUGCUUGCCUGCUACCCUGCUACCCUGCUGCCUGCUACCCUGCUGCCUGCUACCCUGCUGCCUGCUACCCUGCUGCCAGCUACCCUGCUACCCUGCUACCCCGCUGCCAGCUACCCUGCUACCCUGCUACCCUGCUACCCCGCUGCCUACUACCCUGUUGCCUGCUUGCCUGCUACCCUGCUACCCUCCUGCCUGCUACCCUGCUACCCCGCUGCCAGCUACCCUGCUACCCUGCUACCCCGCUGCCUACUACCCUGUUGCCCUGCUGCCUGCUACCCUGCUACCUGCUACCCUGCUGCCUGCUACCCUGUUGCCCUGCUGCCCUGCUGCCCUGCUACUCUGCUACCCUGCUACCCUGUUGCCCGAUACCCUGUUGCCCUGCUACCCUGCGGCCCUGCUAUCCUGUUGCCCUGCUACUCUGCUGCCUUGCUACCCUGUUGCCCUGCUACCCUGCUGCCUGCUAUUCUUCUGCCUGCUACCCUGCUGCCUGCUACCCUGCUGCCUGCUACCCUGCUGCCAGCUACCCUGCUGCCUGCUACCAGCUACCCUGCUACCCUGCUACUCUGCUACCCUGCUACUCUGCUACCCUGCUGCCUGCUACCCUGCUGCCAGCUACCCUGCUGCCUGCUGCCUGCUACCCUGCUGCCAGCUACCCUGCUGCCUGCUACCCUGCUGCCUGCUACCCUGCUGCCAGCUACCCUGCUGCCUGCUACCCUGCUGCCUGCUACCCUGUUGCCUGCUACCCUGCUGCCUGCUACCCUGCUGCCUGCUACCCUGCUGCCAGCUACCCUGCUGCCUGCUACCCUGCUCAGCCCAGAACCACAUGGCGUCAGCCUCUAAAAGUGAAUCAGAACCCUUAA